AUGGCUUACUCUUCAAUGGCAGUCCGCUGUUUUACUUCUCCGAAACCUCUGGGUGAGACGUUAGGCCGGAACACUCAAUCAACACUCGAGUACAGGAUGGCCGUCUCCAACACGUCAGCGGCCAUCAAGAAUCAGACACCAAACGGCACCGAGACGCCGCAGAAAAAAGGCAUCACCUUCGCCAAUCAGGAUUCGCUUCCCAAGCUUCCCAUCCCGGACCUUGAGAGCACCUGCAAGAAGUAUCUUUCUGUUCUAGAGCCCCUGCAGAGCCCAAAGGAACAUGAAGAAACAAAGGCUGCUGUGCAAGACUUCCUCAAGACAGACGGCCCCGAGCUGCAGGAGAAGCUCAAGAAAUACGCUUCCUCCAAGACGAGUUAUAUCGAGCAGUUCUGGUAUGAUUCUUACCUGAAUUACGACAACCCCGUCGUCCUGAACCUCAACCCCUUCUUCCUUCUCGAGGAUGACCCGACUCCGGCAAGGAACAACCAGGUCACCCGAGCUGCAUCCCUCGUCGUCUCGGCGUUGUCUUUCGUUCGAGCCGUCCGAAGGGAGGAACUCGCCCCUGACACGGUCCGAGGCACCCCUCUCUGCAUGUACCAGUACUCUCGUCUGUUCGGAACGGCGCGAGUACCUACUCAGGAUGGGUGUGUCAUUGGACAAGAUUCCGCUGCCAAACACAUUGUCGUCCUCUGCCGCGGCCAGUUCUACUGGUUCGAUGUGCUCGAUGACAACAACGACUUGAUCAUGAGCGAGAAGGAUGUUGCUGUGAACCUGCAGGUGAUCAUCAACGAUGCCCAGCAGACGCCCAUUCAAGACGCCGCAAAGGGUGCUCUUGGUGUUUUGAGUACGGAGAACCGGAAGGUGUGGUCGGGAUUGCGAGAGAUCCUUACCAAGGAUGCUGGAUCCAACAACGCAGAAUGCCUCAACAUUGUCGACAGUGCCCUCUUUGUUCUCUGCCUUGAUUACACGGAACCAUCGAACAUGGCAGACCUUUGCGCGAACAUGCUAUGUGGAACCAGUGAGGUUGUCAAGGGCGUUCAGAUCGGUACCUGCACCAACCGAUGGUACGACAAGCUUCAGAUCAUUGUCUGCAAGAAUGGAAGCGCCGGCAUCAACUUUGAACACACCGGCGUGGAUGGCCAUACGGUCCUGCGUUUUGCAAGUGAUGUCUACACCGACACCAUCCUCCGCUUCGCAAAGACUAUCAACGGAAACGCACCGAGUCUGUGGGCGACCACCAGUCCCGACCCAGCCAAGCGUGACCCGCGCAGCUUUGGCAAUGUCAGCACCACUCCUCGCAAGCUGGAGUGGGACAUGGGUCCGGAAUUGAGCAUUGCUUUGCGAUUCGCCGAGUCGCAUCUGGCUGAUCUCCUCCAGCAGCACGAGUUCCAGGUCCUCGAUUUCGAGGGAUAUGGAAAGAACUUCAUCACGUCGAUGGGAUUCUCCCCUGACGCUUUCGUCCAGAUGGCGUUCCAGGCCGCCUACUACGGUCUGUACGGUCGCGUGGAGAACACAUAUGAGCCGGCAAUGACCAAGGUCUUCCUCCAUGGCCGAACGGAGGCUAUCCGUACGGUUACGCCGGAGGCGCUGCAGUUCGUCAAGACUUUCUGGGGCGAAAACCCGCCCGAACAGAAGGUGGAUGCGCUGAAGAAGGCCACGGAGAAGCACACUGCUCUGACGAAGGAAUGCUCGAAGGGGCAGGGUCAGGACCGACACCUGUACGCGCUCUACAGCGUCUGGCAGCGUUCGUUCGACGAGGCCCACUCUGUCAGCAACAGUGCGGAACUCAGCUCGAACGGCUCCUUCAGCCCUCUAGAGAACGGCUCGAUUGGCGAUUCUCCGAAACGGUCGUCGACUCCGUCGGAGGACGGUGCGUCGUCCAACGGCUAUGGCAGCGUCCGUGGCAUGAGGAGCGUGCCGAUGACCCCCGCGAUUUUCAACGAUGCUGGCUGGGAUAAGAUCAACAACACCAUUAUUUCGACCUCCAACUGCGGCAACCCGUGUCUGCGCCACUUCGGCUUCGGCCCGACCUCGGGCGAUGGGUUCGGAAUCGGAUACAUCAUCAAGGACGACUCGAUCUCCAUCUGCGCCUCGUCUAAGCACCGCCAGACGGCCCGACUGAUGCACACGCUUGAGUCGUACCUGCUGGAGAUCCGGAAGCUGCUGCGCAUGACGAACCGGAAGACGAUGAGCCCGCGGACCAGCCGUGCGCGCGAGAUGGAAUCGAUGACGGAGCGCUACCACGGCGAUUACCGACGCGGCCGGAUCAUCCGGGGCGGCGAGGUGUACGUCCGGGGUACGGAUACGCCGACGACUGACAGCGGGGAGAUGGAUGAGGAUGGCAUGGGUGGAUAUGGCUUCUUCGAUGCGGGAAUGCUGCUGCACGCCCUCAAGGGGCUCCAUGCCGAGCGGGAGCGGGGCGGCGAGAAGCCCCAGCGACGACGGCCAGUCGGCAAGAAGCUGUCGCUAACGGAUUAUUGA